UCGAACCGGAAGUCCUUCGUCGUGUUUUAAAUCUGUCGAACGUGUGUCGCGUUGCUCGUUCACAAAGUUCAUAAAUGUGAGCGUCUCCCUGUCUUUCUACGGUUGGCUGGUUGAACAGAGAGCGAUGGCCGGUCCAGAGCUCCUGCUGGACUCCAGCAUUCGGAUGUGGGUUGUCCUACCCAUCGUCUUCAUCACCUUCUUCGUGGGGAUCAUCCGUCACUACGUCACGCAGCUGCUGCACAGCGACAAGAAGGUCGACCUGGAGCAGGUGUCUGACAGCCAGGUGCUCCUGCGCAGCCGCGUCCUCAGAGAAAAUGGAAAGUAUAUUCCCAAACAGUCUUUCGCCAUGAGGAAACAUUACUUCAACGACGCAGAGACCGGCUUCUUCAAGAAGGUCAAGAGGAAGGUCGUCCCCAAGAACCCCAUGACAGACACCAGCAUGCUGACGGACAUGAUGAAGGGGAACCUGACCAACGUGCUGCCCAUGAUCGUGAUUGGGGGCUGGAUCAACUGGGCCUUCUCUGGGUUCGUCAUAACCAAGGUGCCGUUCCCCCUGACUCUGAGGUUCAAGCCGAUGUUACAGAGAGGAAUCGACCUGCUGUCCCUGGACGCCUCCUGGGUGAGCUCAGCGUCCUGGUACUUCCUGAAUGUGUUUGGCCUGAGGAGCAUGUACAGCCUCAUCCUGGGACAAGACAACGCUGCUGACCAGUCGCGGAUCAUGCAGGACCAGAUGACAGGUGCUGCCAUGGCGAUGCCUCCCGACCCCAACAAGGCUUUUAAGAGUGAGUGGGAGGCGCUGGAGAUCGUGGAACACAAGUGGGCGCUGGAGAACGUGGAAGACGAGCUGAUGACCAGAGACCUGAACUUUGGAACCCUCUUCACGCAGGACAUCAAGUCCACCAUGUUCUAGACUAGAGAGAAACCCUGAGGAACACCUGAGACUAGGGUUCUAGAACUCUGUCCUGAACAUUCUAGAACACUUGAGAGAAUUCUUAAAUCUGGAACACAGUAUAACACAAAUGCUAGAGUUAGAUCAUUUAAUGUGAUCACUGUAUUCACCUUCAUCGGGCACUUUAUUUACUUUCUGCCUUUUUACCUGCCUCCAAAUUAUUGUGUCCAAGUUGUGCCUUCAUAUGUUCAAUGUGUUGAUUUAUAAUUGUUUGUUAAGAGUUCUUAUUCAACUUUUUGACAAUUAGAUAGUAACUUAAAUAGACCCACUUACUAGCCUUUUCCAAAAUCUUGUGUCUUAAUUUGCAAAUGAAGUUGUCAGCUCAGUUGUUGGGUUGGUGUAUAUUAUUUAAUUAAAGUGUUCCUUAAGUUAAUUUUGUCUAGAAUAACAUUGUAAUGAAAUAUUUGCUUGUAUCCAGUGUUCCAGAAUCUCUCAUGUUCUAAAGGUUCUAGAUAGUUAUUCUAGCCCGACCCUUUCUCGGCUCUGACUUGUGGAGCUGACUAGUUCGGGGUUCGGGGUUGUUUCAGUAAACCAGCGGAUUCUGACACCAGACGAAUCUCCUCAGGAAGAUGUUUCUGUCGGGUGCGACGCAGAAACAGGAAGUUUAAAGACCACUGGGACGUUAUGAGAGCUUUAACUGACGGCAGGCGUUCAUGUUUCCCUGCAGGCGGACUCUUUGCAUGUGUUUUUUACCCCGUGGUCAUCCAGCGCGACUUGAAGUGAGUGUGACAGUUUAAUAAAGGUGCCAUCGAACUAAC